AUGGAGUCAAAUGGACAAGCACUCCCAGAGGAGGCCAACAAGCCGCCAGAGGGUGUGGUUUUACCCCCAAAAGACAUUCGGGCCAUUGUCGAAAAGACCGCGGGCUACGUCGCUCGCAAUGGACCAGUCUUUGAAGAUCGUGUCCGUGAGAAGGAAAAAAGCAACCCCAAGUUCUCUUUCCUCGUCGAAGGUGAUGCAUAUGCGCCUUUCUAUCAAUGGCGACUUGUCGAAAUCAGGGAAGGCCGAGGAUCAGCUGUCGCAGCAGGACGAGCUGGCGAAACAGUCGCAGAACCCGAGAAGCCCAAGGGGCCACCCGAACCGGCCGCAUAUCACUUCUCGGCUCGCAUGCCGAUCAUCAACGCCCAGGAUUUGGAAGUCGUCAAGCACACGGCCAUGUUUGUUGCCAAGCGCGGAAAGUCUUUCAUGACCGCGUUGUCCCAGCGCGAGGCACGAAACUUCCAAUUCGACUUCCUGCGACCCCAGCACAGUCUUUACCAAUUCUUCACCCGUCUAGUCGACCAAUACACUAUCUUACUCCGUCCCGAGGGAAUUGAUGACGCAACUUCGUCUAAAAAGAUCAUUGCCGAAUUGGAGCAAAAUGUACAGAACAAAUACCGCGUCAUGGAGCGCGCCACACAACGAGCGGAGUGGGUGAAAUUCCAACAGAAGCAAAAGCAGCAGAAGGAAGAACAAAGUGAACAAGAGCGAAUUGAGUAUGCUCAGAUUGACUGGCAUGACUUCGUGGUUGUUGAGACAGUGGAAUUCACCGAACACGACGAACACGCGGAAUUGCCACCGCCAACAUCUCUCAACGACCUGCAGUCAGCCUCCCUGGAACAAAAGGCCGCUAUAUCUCUCAACACAAUGCGCAUCGAAGAAGCCAUGCCCACAGACCUCGACAACCCAACUUACUACAACGCCUGCCCAACACAACCCGUCUCAAUGCCUCCUCCUCAACAACCCUCUGUCUCGCCUUACCCAGCAGGCCCCUACCCUCCCCCUGGGCAAUUUACCAAUGCCGAAGAGGAUCAGCGCAUUCAUGAACGAACUCAAGCGCGCGACCAAGCCGCCGCCGUUCAAGCUGCCGCACAAGCCAUCCCCGGCCAACAGCCAAUGCGCAUCCGUUCAGACUACGUGCCACGAGCCCAGGCACGCCGCCAACAAGCAACUCAGAUGGCAAUCUGCCCUUACUGUAGCCAGAAAGUUCCGUCUACCGAGUUGGACGAGCACAUCCGUAUCGAGCUUCUGGACCCUCGUUGGAAGGAGCAGCGCGCCAAGGCUGAAUCUCGCAGCGCCACCACCAACUUGUCCACCGUCGACGUGGUCAACAAUCUCAAGCGUCUGGCUAGUCAGCGCAGCGAUGUAUUCGACCCGUCUCCUAUUGACCCGGAGGAGGAAGCCAGGCGCAAGCGCGUGGCUGCUGAUCCCUCUGUGCAAGGCCCGCACAAUCCCAAUGCUCAGAGUACGAACAUUGAAGACCAGCUCAGGCACAUUCACCAACUUGCCAAAAAAUGA